CCUGUAGAGUUUUCAGUUUUUCUUUUGAAGUUAAUGAUAUUGGUCAAGAAUUUUAAAGGAAGUGACAGAAAUCUAUGAGGAUAGGCCUAUUUAAAACACACUGGGUCUCCUUCGUCUUGUUUGAAAUGUAACUUCUGUCAUGUCUGUAGUGUAGGCAUGCGCACACUUCCACUGAGCACUGCAGUUAGUUGCCUGAGUCGCAUCGGGCCGUUCUGUUCUCCAUGCAGUGAUAACUGACUUUGCGCCCUGAAAGUUUGUCCGAAAUCCAAAAAUGCCGGCGUCAGGAAAUUGGGCUCGAGUUCAGAGGAAUGAGAGGAUGACACCAUGAAGGCUGUGACAGUGGAAGGGAGAUUCUCAUGCCACCAUUGCUCCAAGAAAUGCCACAAAUCCCAUGUCGGACACAUCAAACCUGCUGUCCUCUUCAAGAGCAGUGAGGUGUCAAGUUCUGUCACACAGCACCAAUGCUUUUCAGCACUUCUUGAAGAGAAAGUGUGUGACGUAGAUCUGGGACCUGUAGACCAAAACUGGUUUGAAAAGGCACUCAACAAUGAAAUAGGCGUGAAGGAACUGCCAGACAAGGAGUUACAAGAACACUGCACUCAUGAGCUUGAGUCCCAGAAGUUGGCUGGAGAUAUUACUGAAACACCUGUAAGGCAUCAUUACACAAGGGACAAGUAUUACCCAUCGACACCUCAGCUCAUAACAUCUCCUUGCCUGUUCACUCCCGACGAGCGACAUCCUAUUUCACAGCAAACUAAGAAAGAGCUUGAUGAAAGGCAAGCAUCAUUUUCCACUUUGCAGCAUGCUGCCAGAAACGACAUCAGCCCUGCAACUCCCAGCCUGAUCCCAAUAACUCCCAACCUGCCAGCAGAGAAGCGGAACCCGGCAACAUGGACACCUGCCGAGCUAGAUGCUGGCCUGUUGUCACAGGGCGGGGAUCAUGACCAAGAGGAUCCCAGCCUGGGUGGGUGGUGCCCUGCCCACAAGCAGACCACGCCCACUUUCAUGAAGCAGCUGUUUAAAACUCCCUCCACUGUGUCCAAACUGGACGACUAUGCUUUUGCCACACCUGGGCAGUUUUUGAGCACUCCUUUGCGGAUGUCUGUCAGCCUUGGUGCAGACCUUGAUGACUCAAAUCUCUCCUGGACCAGCUCCCUAGCUACACCUCAAGGAUCCACCCACAAGAAGACUAAUGCCCUGAUGGUGUCUGAGGGAACUACAGAUCUAGAAUCUACAGUCAUUGCUAAAGCUCUCUUCACAAGUAUGAUUAACACGCCAGAAGAUUACAAUUUGGAAAGAAGGGUCUCUGAGCAAGACAGUCAGUCCAGCACCUUGCAUCUCCAAAGCCUCCACAUUUCAUCUGCGGAGGAAGAGGAGGAGAUGCUUGAAGAUACAAUAGAAAGUGACAGUGCAGAGGAUGGUUCCAAGGAAAAUAACGUGGAAGUGGGAGAUGCUCGGAAAGAGACAGAGAACUCUGGAGGAAGGAGAAUUGAGAUUGGUGAGAGUUGCGACGUCUCAGAACAUUUUGUUCUUGGAACCACGGAUGCCACCACGGGAGAAAGGGAAAGAGAGCAAAGGAUAGCACAUGAUGGGAGCCAGGAUGAGGCUGAUGGUGUUAAGAGAAAAGAUGGGGCGGACACUGUUGAUGAGGAACAAGAUGAUGUUGAGGGAGCUAAAGAUGAACAAGAUUGCCUUGCGCCACCAUGUAGUGUACAAAAUGCUCCAAACUUAACAGUAGAUGAUAUGAUAAACCAUCCUACAGACAACAGGUUGUGUGGCAUGGAAGAGUCUCUGAGAUCACUUGUCUCAAACAGGGCUCAGGAUGACAUUGAUUGCAUAAUCAGGGAUAAACAUCCGGCUCUUAUUCCAGCAACAGAACUCACUCUCUGUAAUCCAAGAAGUGCAUCCCCAGUUGAACCCUCAGUUGCAGCUCAAGGAUUUAAGCAGUGCAGUGACAAACCGCAGACCGACAGUCAGAAUUCAUUGGAGAAUCUCACUGCCAGUGAUUCUCAAGUCCUCAACAGGUUAGAUCGGUCAGGUCUGGAUCACAGCCGCAUGGAGGACACCCUGGCUUUCUUCUUCCUUACUCCUCCCCAGACUAGGAGCAGACUUGCAAAGCUUAAGAUAAAAAAAUUGGCCAAAUGUAGUCCAAAAGUACCUGAUUCAAGUCUUCAUGACAAGAGCAACUCAAAGUCUGGUGGCCCACCGUCAACAUCUCUUGAAGCACACAAAAUCCUGCAAAUAGCAACAAGAACUUCUGAUGAUGAACUUCUUCCUGAAAGAGCAGAUUCAGUGCAGACAAAGGCAAACAUUUCUGUGAUAAGGUUGAAGGAAGAAGAUGGUUCCUUGAAGGAAUCUCUGGACAACCUAUCAGAAUUAACACCAUGCCUGAAGAUCACAAACCCAAGCCUUGAUGAGAGUCUUUCUAGCCUUCCUUCCAAAGAGGAAAAGGCUCCAAUAUGUUGUAGGUUUGACGAAGACAGAGGAGAUAGCAUGUUGGAUGACUGCAUUGAAGACUUUAAAGAUGCAGUUGCUGGUUCUCCAGCAAUCUCGGCUCUCCCAUCUUCAUCCUCUAAAACAGGUGCAGGGGAUGUUUCUUCUCAGACCUUGUUCAUCCAGAAUCUUGCCGGUAUAACUCCUGUAAGACAGACACAAGCAUUGGUCUCACCACCUUACAUUAACAGUCCAGAUAUGUUAUCUCAGAUCUCGCCAAACUUUGCCGAAGCCCUGUGCCUCAUCACAGACCAAGUGUCAGAAUCUCACUUUGCACAUGUGUUAUCUGCAGUGCCGGGAGACUUCAAGGAAGAGGCAACCUCUCAUCCACUUCCUCCACCGGGCUUCACUGUUUCAUCCACGUCUCCAUCAUUGCCACCACAGCAUGAUAGGAAGCUCCCACCUGCAGUUAACCAGUGCAGUUCAGAACAAAAGAUUACCUCUGAACCAGCAGGUAAGGGCCAAACGAGUACUCCAAAGAGCCCCUGCAACCAGGACACCCCCAGCCAACUGUUCAGAAUGCAGUCCAAAGCGGCCACUUCAAGGAAGUUCUUUUACCCGUCCGCUGCCAAAGCCGCUACCAAGACCAGCAACCACAAGGCCAUGCAGUGGGUAGCUGAUGCUGUCCUUGUGAACGCAGAGGAAAAGCAACAGCAGCAGGUGGGUCAGGUGACUUCUUCAAAGCCUAUCCAGGAGGAAUCAACAGUCAAGAAAGUAAACCAGACCCCUGCCUCAGUUGGGACAGGCAACAUCUUUUACAGCAGCACCCCAGCUCCAAGAAAUUCAGCAUUUGUCACAUUCACCAACUUUAUUAAGUCUGAGAGAACCUCUUCAUCUGAGACAUCGAAUCCAAUCUGGUUGACUCCUUCAGAUGACACUGCCACCCAGGCAUGCUCAAAACUAAAUGAACAAGCAACUCACAGCAGCAAGCUGGCAGAAAAGCAAUCCAACUCCAGCAUCACUGCCAAUGAGACCACACCUCUGAGUGGAAGGACGCUGGCUCCAAGACAUAACCCCAGUUACGGUGGGAUCAGACGAAGGGCUGGUACCCAUGGUUUGCCUGCCCCCAAAAGGUUAAAGACUGCAAUAGAGGUUGAUGAGGAAAAAACUUUACCCGGUGAAAUGGGAAAUUCAAUAACACCAUCCAAAGGACCUCUGGCAGAAAUUAUUCCUGAAGAUUCUGGUAUCAGUACAUCUGCCAGAGAAAUACACCAAGCUGAGACUUCUGAUGAAACUAUGCCCUCAAGCAGUAAUGUCAAAGCCUCAGUUGUCUCAGGGCAUAGACUUGAACGUGGAAUCCGAAAUAUUGAGAUUGUUGCAGAGAAACAUUGCACCCCUGCAGAACCAAUCAUUGCCAAACAAGUGACAACUCACAUGGAAUUAUGCCCCAGCAAAAGCAGAACAGGUGUUACACCUACCUCAGUGAGUUUUGCCUCAGCCAGUGGCAAGCCCAUUAGCAUAUCAGAUUGUGCAUUGGAAAAAGCAAGGAGGCGUUGGUCUGAAUUUCAGGAAGAGGGCAUUCCUGAUGCUGCUUCCUUUUCGUCAGCAAGUGGUAAACCAAUUCAGAUCUCCAAAUCUGCCCUUGAGAAGGCUGCAGCUUUGUUUAAUGAAAACAGUAGAGAGAAAGGUGAUCAUUCAAGAGCUGGUUUCAAAGAAAAUUGCACAAGCACGUUAUCAGCAAAGGUUCGAUUGACUUCAUCCCAUGGAAGUUUUGCCAAGGUUUCUGACUCUGCCCCCCAAAAAUCCCUUGACAAUCAAAAGAGGGUCUCGUCCAUAAAUUCUGCCUAUGCUGACACAGCUACAGUCCUGGAUUUCACUAACACAGUUGGCCCCAGUGUGGAUAGGACAAAAACUAAUCCAAAGGAAAAAGGCAUGCAACCUGCUGCAGAAAAUAGGAGCAGUGACACUGACAUAGGUGAUCUUGCAACCACAUCAGUCACCGUCUCCGUUAAACCCAACCAGCUGCUUCAAAUUGAUGAGACAGAACAAGUCGAACAAAAUGUAGUUUGUAGAGAAACUACCAGUUGCAUCCCUAAAGUGGAUUCAGAAUGUGAUGGGCAAACAGCAAAGAGGGUUCAAUGCGACCAGGUGCCAUCUUUUAGUGGAUUUGCCUCAGCAAGUGGCAAAGCAAUUUCCAUAUCUGAAGCUGCUUUGCAAAGAGCCCAAAAGCUGUUUGAGGAUGAAGGAAGUGAAAAUUCGUCCUCCACUGGAUUCUCCUCAGCUUCAGGGAGACCAAUCCAAAUAUCUGAGUCUAACUUGAGGAAGGCAAGAGCCCUAAUGGAUGAUUGGGAAGACGCCAGCUGUCAUGUAUCCAAGAUGCAGUCUCAACCGCCCAAUCAAACUUCAUUCCAGCGACAGCAGCCAAAUCGUCAGACAAACAACCAGAAUCUUUCCAAGGGUUUCAGACCAUUCAAGGCUCCAGCAAGAGUCCUUACUCCAGCUAGACAAAAGACUCUAGUGAAAGAAAUAAUCCAUGCUAGAUAUUCCAAAAACGAACCCCAACUUGAAGCAGGGACACAUGAUCACAAGGUGGUCCAUGGUGUGAUAGGUUCAAAGAAUUUGGAAAGUAUCCCAGAAUCUCACAUCCUGGAGUUGUCCCCAGGGGUUCCAAAAGAGAUGAAAAAUACAGCGUCAGAAAACUUGGACUUUGAGGAGGAGUUCCUAAGUGCCAGCCAGGCCCAGAGGGAAAUAGAGGCAGCUGAAGAAACCGAGUCUGCUUAUGCCUUCAUGCAGGCCGAAAAUGACAGCUUCUCCCAGUUUGAAGAGACUGUUGUCAACAACUUUGUCUCAAGUAAUAACAAGAUUUUAGGUUGCCUUGAUGUAAGAGAAAAUUUAGUGGCAGCUGCUCAGAAUGCUCACAUGUCUGAAGAUCGAAAAGCUGAUGUUCCUGAUGAUGAAGAGCAUGGCAAUGGCCCUUCCGAACUGCAGUCAAACCAACCAAGUCAAGUUUCUUUCCAGGCUUCAGGUGCUCUGGACAUAGCUUUUGUUCAAUCCCAGGGCUCAGCUGUUGGGGAAGGGGAGACUCAAGGAGCAAUACAGGCAGAUCGUCACCAAGAGGAAGGCUUAAUUAAAUCGGAACAUCAAACUAUUGUCCUUUCUGGCAAUAUCACAGCAGCUGCCUCUGUCAACUUAACAGGCAACUCCUCAAAAUCUUCACAUGCGGUUGAGGGACCCUUUGAGGGUUUUCAAACGGCCCGUGGAAAGAGAGUAACUUUUUCGGAAGAAGCACUGCAGAAAGCCAAGAGCCUGUUGGACCUAGAGCUAAAUUCAGAGGUUUGCAUACCUCUGGAACCUACAAGAAUGUGUGGGACAUUAGGAAAGGCUUUCAACCAGAAUGCUAAAACAUUAAUUUCUGAAAAAACAGAGAUGAUUGAUCAGCAACUGCAGAAUGAUGAGGCACUGGAUUCUACAGUUAAAAAGAGCAUUGGGGAAUCAGCUCAGAAGAGCAGAGCAGUGUCCAGUGAUGCAUACGACCGGUUGAUUGCAAAGAGCACACCAGCCUUUUCUGGAUUUCACACUGCUCAAGGUGGAACUGUAAGAGUAUCUGAGGAGGCUUUGAGAAGAGCAAGAAGUUUGUUGUCUGAAGAGGAGGUCAGUGAUUCUCAUUUUCUGCCUGUAAAUACUCAACCACACAAAGGCGUUGUUCACAACCCAAUUCCAGAUUCUUUGGUAAAAGACUGCAAGUGGAAAGAAUCCACAAAUCGUGACAGUCCCAAAGCAGUGGAUCAAACUGAUUCUGCCUUCAGUGUCGGAAGUCAGACAACCAGAGGAGAAACUGACAUCAUCUCUGAAGCUUCGGUAACAAGAGCAAGAUAUGUCUUGCAAAAAUCAGAACAGACAUUAAAAAAUCAGGAGCUCUGUACCAGGAAGCAUGCUGUCAGUGCAAGUGGAGAUGCCGCCGUACCAUGUGGCUUUACAACUGCCAGUGGCAAUAAAGUCAUAGUCUCGCAGGAGUCUUUACAGCAAGCUAAGGCCCUUUUUGAAGAUGAACAAGUUGUUUUCUCUACUGACAGUAUCACUUUAACAGCUCAAAAUAAUCUAAAGAGACAACAGCCAUUUCCAGGUUUCUCAACAGCCAGUGGCAACAAGGUGUCAAUAUCAGAAACUGCCCUGGAGAAAGCAAAAAGGCUUUGCAGAGAUACCGAGGAUUUCAGAGUGCCAGAUGCGUUUGACAGGGAGUAUUCCAGCCUUGACCGGAAAAGAAGACGAGUGGAUGGGAAAUCUAAGGAUACCAUCUCCUUGGGAUUCCAAACUGCCAGCGGGUGCCCCGUCUCCAUUUCAGAGGCCUCUUUACAGACGGCAAAGCAACUACUGGAUGAAACUCCAGAAUGCACAAACCUGUCUCUUCAGGCUUCUGUCGGAUUCCAGACAGCCAGUGGAAACAAGGUCUCCUUGUCUGCCGAAUCGUUAGCAAAUGCCCAAAGAUUCCUUGCAGAUGCAGAGGCGGCCUCAGAAUGUAACACAGCAGGAGACCAGAGGAAUACUCUCUUUGGAUUUUCAACAGCGAGCGGAGCCCAGGUCUCUGUUUCAGAUGUGGCCCUAGAAAGAGCGAGGAAGCUACUCCAAGAUCCCGGCGAUAGUUUGCAAGUGGCAGUGGACACUGAAGGAACAAUGUCAGCCUCAGAUUUCAAUGGAGGUGCUAAUGCACUCUCAAAUCGAGCUGCCACUGAAGCUGAGGUGCAUUGGGGAGACAAUAGCUCUGAUGCAGUUGUUCCAAAGCUUGGAGGAAAAGGGAGCAGGACCAACUCUUCACGUCACUUAAAUUUCAAGACAAAGAUUGCUAUUACCAACACUUCCAGCUUACACCAGGGACAUUCAUCACCACAACAUAAAUCAUUCCUCCAUCAAAGGUCAUCUGCUUCAUUCACACGACAAAAAAAGGUCACCUCAGGAAAAGCUCCAACAGCUUUCCGACCCCCCUUCCAAACAGCACAGCUCCAAACCCGACAGUCUGGGCCAAGGCCAGGCAAGUCACAAGGUGGCCUCCAGGUUGUCCCUCAGGUAUCUGUCCCAUUUCUGCCACCGAAAUCCCAAACACCCUCCAUGGUCAAUACCAAGCAAGUGGAUGCACAAUCAAACAAAAGAACAUUGGACUUGGACAUAGACAGCCAGCAGGCUGGUGGUCCUGAGCCAAAAAGAGCUAGACCUGAGGUGGGUAUGGAAGGAGAGUCCGCUGCAUCGUUUGAUGGAAAGAGCAAGACGGUUUCAAGCACUAAAGAAGAGAUGGGAUUGCCUAAAGGACUGUGGGAGAAAGCAAGGAAGAAGCAAGCAUCUAGGAUUCAGAUCAAGAAGAUCCAAGUGAUCACACCACAGCCAGGGGAGCUCUUCAUUAAGAGGCAACAAGAGACCAGACUGCCUCUGCACGAACUCGUCGAUGGCCAACCACCUCAGCACUAUGCCAGAAAUCGGCUGGUUGAGAGUGGCAUUAUUCCCAGCACCCUCUCUGUGACCUCAUCCACAGCGGAAGCCUUCAGGUUCUCUCUGAGGGAUCAGUGCAGCCCUGAGGCCCUGAAGACCAGUGAAGGCUUGGUGCUCGGUGAUGGGGGUACCCUGGUGCCUGAUGAUGCAGGCACGGCAGGCAAGGAGGAGUUCUUCAACGCAUUGCUUGAUACCCCUGGAGUGGACCCCAAGUUACUGACAGCUGACUGGGUCAGUAAUCACUACCGUUGGAUUGUUUGGAAACUAGCUGCCAUGGAGAGAGCAUACCCACAACAUUUGGCUGGAAGGUUGUUGACGCCUCACUGGGUCCUGCUCCAGCUGAAGUACAGGUAUGACAGGGAGAUUGACCUUGCCCAGCGCUCCGCCCUCAAGAAGAUCUUGGAACGAGAUGACACCCCAUCAAGAAGGAUGGUUCUGUGUGUAGCUGGUAUCAGUCUUGCAGAGACAAGUAAAGUAGCCAGUCCAAAUCAGGAGGACACCAGUGGAAAGGAUAAUGUGAAGAUUUCUGGCUCCGCUGUCCCUACCCUUGAGUUGACAGAUGGUUGGUAUUCCAUCAAGACAAUCAUUGACAAGCCCCUUGCUGGGCUUGUCUGCGCAGGCAAGAUCCACAUAGGCCAAAAGCUGUGUAUCUAUGGAGCAGAGCUUGUGGGAUCACAGGAUGCCUGUUCGCCGCUAGAGGUGCCAGCGAACCUUAGGCUGAAGAUAUCAGCCAAUGCUACCCGGCGCGCUCGCUAUGACGCCCGCCUGGGUCUCCAGCAUCAUCCCCAGCCCUUUUCCCUCCCACUUGCUUCGCUAUACCCCGAGGGCGGCACGGUGGGUUGUGUGGACGUGGUGGUUGUCAGAAGUUACCCCAUGCAGUUCAUGGAGAAGCCCAGCAAAGGGGGCUGCACUUUCCGAGGGAGGCGGGCCGAGGAAAAGGAGGCUGCAAGGUUUGCCUCGGAGAAACAGCGGCGGAUGGAGAAACUUUACAAUCAGAUACAUGAGGAGUACCAGGAGAAGGAAAACAAGAAAGUGAAUUCAAGCCGACGGUCCUCUUCAGCCCAAAAACUAGCUGCCAAAGAUCUUGGGAAACUCCAGACGGGACAGGAGCUCUACGAGGUGCUCAGCGAUGCUGUGGACCCAGUGGCCAUUGAGGCAUUAUUGUCAGAGAGGCAGGUGGAUCGGUUGCAUGACUACCAGCGCAGUCUACAUGAGAAGAAGCAGGCCGACUUGCAGGGACGGUUCAAACGGGCCUUGGAGGACAAACAACAGGAGAACCAGAUUGAGAGAAACGUGACCCCUCUCUUGAGGCUGAGGGUUGCCGACCACCUCGGCAAGGUAAGCACAGAAAUGAUGGACACCUUCCAGCUGACUGUCUGGAGACCCACAGACGAUAUCAUGCAGUUGCUUAGUGAGGGCAAACGACUGAAAAUUUUCAACGUCUCCACAUCAUCAGGAAGAUUCCGUGUGGGAUCCAGUGCUGUCCAACUAGCCUCAACCCGGGCGACUCGCUACCAAGUCAUGCCCUACCCUGAUCCCCAGUCCACCCUCUCCUCUGGCUGCUCCGUCUACCAACCCAGGGAGGUGCUGAAGUUUGCCCAUGCACUUAAGCCGCGGUUCCUACCUGCUUACAGUGAAGUGGAUGUGGUUGGGGUUGUGGUGACUGUCCAGGGAGCUGCUACUAGUCCUGGGAAGAGCUACAGUCAGAUGGUUUAUCUCGGUGAUGCUCAGGGGAAAUUGAUUGCCAUUAAGUUUUGGGGUGGCUUGCAGACCCACUGCAUUGACAGCCUGGUCAAGCCAGGAGCCUUUAUCGCCUCAGCCAAUCUCCAGUGGAGGGCAACCAGUGCAUCGUCCUCCAUACCCUGCUUACAUGCCACAGACACCACCUCAGUCACCCAAAACCCUAAGGCUGAACACCUGAGACAUGCCAUGCAAGACCUACAGAACCAGAUUAAGAAUCCCAAGGCCUUUUUACAGAGCAUGGAACAAAUUACAUUGGAGAUGAUACUUACACAGUCAGGACAUCCCACUCCCAUGAAGCCAAGACCAGUUAGCGUGUCACCUUGGUCUGGCACCAAGCCCAGCAGGGGUGAUACUGCUACAAAUGCGACUUCAGAGUGGGAUCACUUAUCUGAAGGUCAACGAGUUGGCACUUUUGAUCAGAUCACUUGCCAAAGCUUCCCCUCUCCUGCUCCAGCAAACUGGACACAUCAACUUAGACCAAGUUCAGCUUCCAUGCCCAGAGGAGCUGUAGCCUCAGGAGACAGAAGACCGUUUAGCCUAGUCUCUACUCCAGUUAUGGAUCCACAGGACCAGAGGAGACUUGAUAUUAGCAGACGGUUUGAUCUCCUGUCCAGGGUGCUCUCCCCACCACCUCUGUCACCACUUCCCACCCCCUUGACAAACAGAGUGACACGCAGCUUCCAACUGCCAUCAAGCAGGAGAUCUGCUCCUGGGUAUGGGCUAAGUUGUGGGUCCAAUCUUUAUAAUAUGCAAGUGAUAAAAGGUCAAGGGUCUGAUGUCAAAUGUAACAACAGUCUUUAUAGCCCAGAGGCCAAGUUACAAGAAGAGACUCUUGACUCGAAAGGAUGCAUUGAUAAGUCUGUGCAGUCAUCUGAUUUUGCUUUACUAGCACAACACAUUGAGAUGCACUCCUCAAGAGAAUUGGCUGACACUGCCGAAUCAAAUGUCAAAUCUGAGAACUCCUUAGAGGAUUGCAUGACACCAAGCCAGCAACAGGUCCAGGAGGUACUUGGCAUGUCUUUCAAGAGCCUCGGGGAGAUUGACUGGGAGUGGACGCAACAGGUGGAUGCUCCAUAUUCUCCAGAACCAGGCAUCAUCGAGGCCAGGCAUUCUGGACCAAGCCCAGACUUCUCCUAUGAUACUCCAAGUGAAUCUCCACCUCCGAAGAAAAAGGAGGAAGACUCCUUAAAACUGUCCGUAACAGAGUCAAACACAGACUGCUGCAAAGAGGAUGAUAAAAACUUGGCUGGGGAACGACUUGAGAUUGUCAAGAGUGUUGACAUUCCGAGCAACAAGACUAGCAAGAAAAACCUUGGCCACCGAAGCCGCCGGGAACAUACUGGCAGAGAUGCUUCUGGGAAACUUUCUUGUCCUUCUGGAUGUCCCGAUUCCUCAGGGGAACGAAAAUUGAUGGAUGAAGCAAUAGAUCAGAAAGGCCAGAACAGAAGAAAGGAUAACACAGAGAAAGAACAGCUAGCAUUAGAGGACACAGAACAAACAAAGAAUCAUGCAGGUGUUGAUGAAGACAAGAAUCUCUUGAAGGAUGAGCCCAAAGCUUCCAAAGAUGUUGCAAAGCAUGAAGAUGAGAAUUGUCCACAAGAUAAUAAUGCUUUGAAUAAAGAUGCUUCUACAGGGCAACAGAUGCCUCUCAAGCCAGUGGCAAGACAGAAGAAGAGGCGAGAGCGGUCAAGAGCUGACCUCUCCAUCUUGGAGCAGAGCUGCCUCUUGAGUGAUGAAUUGGGUGAGCCCACAAGAAGACUGACUCGCUCUAGUAGCAGAAGGUCAACUGUGGGAAAAUGAUUUCAGAGGCCUGCAGUAAACCUAAGUCCCAAAGGAAAAAAAUCAUACUGUUUAAGUGAUCUGUGAUCAAGUACUAUUCAGGGGUGAUCCAGUCAUUUUCACCCUUUCUCUUGCUGUAAAUGGGGUUCCUGGUGGCACUUUUUAUUUUGCAAGAUGUCAUAUUCCAGCUGGUCGUACACCUUUGCCUUAUUUUCUCUGGGAAUUUACAAUGGAAAGUUUAUUAAUAGUGAAAAUUAUUACGUCUCUCAAUUAAAUCGCAUAAUAUUAUUCAGUACUAAUGUUAACCAUCCAUAAAUGGAAGUCUAAAAUUGCCAAACAGUUCUGUCUUUGAAUUCUUUCGCAUUUUACAAUUUUUGUAUUAACUAAAAUGUAUUCAGAUUGCACAUGAAACUUUUAUUCUUGUAGCGAAAUUAAACCAUUUUAAUUCAGUCCUCAACUCUUUCUUCCUUUGUCAUUGUUCUAUAAAUCUUUCCUGCUUCAUUUUGAAACUGUAUUAAAUCAGCUGUGGAAAAAUAGCAGACCAUCAAGUUUCUUGUCGAGCAUGGCUUUAAGAGUUUUACGGUCGUUAUAGUUGAGCCAGAUCCCUCUCAUGAAAAGGAGGGUUCGUUACACUGAACUAAAGGUCAGUCACAUACUUUUUGUCAUUGUUGAUCCUCAAUGUGUAAAGGAGCUGCAGAAAUGUAUCAUAAAUCUGACCCCUGAUGGUGAGGUCCCAGUGAUUCAGGUCUUUGCUGCCUCAUUGUCAUUGCCUCAGUCUUUCAACCCCGAUCAAUCUUUUCUAAACUAGAUUUUCCCUCUGUAUUAAAAUGAUUUCACAUACAGGUGGUUUUUCCCGUUUCAGAUGCCUCUUGCCCAUUUCUUGGUCUUGACGUUGAUAGCUUGAAUAUAUAUUCUGUCGGGUAUUGUUACCCCAACAUUCGACAGACGAAUAUGGCCUCCCUCAGUGCAAGUCCCAAGUAUUUGGGAAUUCCAAACACCACUAAGACACAGUUUAUUGCGUGGAAAACAUGUUUUUUUAGCCGACUUGAAAGUUUCCAAUGAUUGCAUUUUGCAAUGCAUUUAUUUAAGUUUAAUUUGUACCGAGUUCUAUUUGCAUUAUCCUCAAGUAUCCACUACUUACUAUAAAAGUAAGUAAAUAAAAAAUACUGCACACAAUCUGGAGUCAAUUA